AUGUCCGAUGUUAAAAGAAACGCAACGGGAGGUAAUGGCACAGAUCAGACUGGAACGGAAAAAGGUAUAAUAGCACAGAAUGGAACAGAAUCUAGUAGCAAUGAAACAAAUACGGAGAUAGAAGAAGAACAACGAACUCCUGAAACAAUACCGACAACUCUUAAAGCCACAACGCAGACAACUCCUGAAGACACAAUGCAGACAACUCCUGAAGACACAAUGCAGAGAACUCUUGAAGAUACAACACAGACAACGCCUAAGGACACAACGCAUGAAACUCCUGAAGAUACAACGCUGGAAACUCCUGAAGACACAACGCUCGAAACUCCUGAAGACACAACGCAGACAACGCCCAAAGACACAACGCAUGAAACUCCUGAAGAUACAACGCUGGAAACUCCUGAAGACACAACACUCGAAACGCCUAAAGACACAACGCAUGAAACUCCUGAAGACACAACCCUGGAAACUCCUGAAGACAUAACGCAGACAACCCCUAAAGAUACAACGCUGGCAACUCCUGAAGACACAACGCUAGAAACUCCUGAAGACACAACGCUAGAAACUCCUGAAGAUACAACGCAGACAACUCUAGAAGCCACAAUGCAGACAACUCCUGAAGAACAAGUAAUUACUAAUUCAACAGAGAAGAGUAGGCUUAUACGUAUUGGCUAUGAUGCGAAUGAUAACAUAAAAUCAGAUAAUAUUAACGAUUUUUAUGAAAUUCGAGAACACUCACCUAAUGCUUAUAGUGAUGUUAAAGAAUUUGUAAAGGAAAAGCAAAGUAUGAGUAAAGUUUUGUCUUUACUAGAGGAGAUUUUAAAAAAUAUGAAUUCUAAGAAAAAGUUCGAAAAUUUGCUUCUUUCAAAUGUUAUUCAAACAACUCCAUUUGAUGAACCAUCCAUUGAGUCUAUUGAUGAUUUACCUAAGAAGACUUCAGAAGAAUUGUAUGUAGAGUCUGGAGAUAAUAAUUUUGAUGAGAAAAUGAAUGAUAAAAUAAUCAUUUAA